CUCGGCAGAGGGGGGUGUUGACAGGAGAAAGAAAGGGGGGAGGUGGAGGGAGACUCAAUUGGACUGGCCCGGCUCACUUGCACCGCAGACCCUGCAGCAGGACAGCGGAGGCCCGGGGAGGUUUACCGAGGAGGGCCGCGGAGGAAAAAAAAGGAGGGGGGUGGGAUCUCCAGGUGGACAGGACACGGAGGGUGGGGAGGGGGACACACACACACACACACACACACUCAUACAAGGGGGGGGAUGCAGCAGGACGCCGGUCUCGGAAGGAUCCCGCUCGAUUCCUCCUCGCAUUCCGCAGGGCUGUAAUGAUGGUGGUGAUGCACCGGGAGCAGAGAUCCGCGCAGAGCCCGACACACUGCACCACAGCCCCGCACCCUUACCGCCGCAGGGACAGACGCAAGAGCGGAUUUUCAGAGCGACGCUUGAGCCGAGCGAGCGGGUGAAACCACCUUUGCGGCUCCAUUCAUACUUCCGAAGCCCAUCUGCGGGGAUGCGACGGGGGUCUGAGGCGAGCCCGGUGCUGCUGCUGCUGCUGCUGCUGCGUUUUCCACCACCGCUUCGGAUGAGCACGCACGGCUUGUUUUGAGCAGAGCAGAAGUGGAGGGGGGAAAGAUGUUGGUGCGAUGCUACCGGGGCAGGCUGUCGAUCUGGGCCGUUCUGUGCCUGCUGGUGCUCUGCUGGUUCUACGUGUACCCGGUCUACAGGCUCCCCCGCGAUAAAGACAUAGUGGAGGAGGUGCUGAGGCAGGGGGAGGCAUGGCAGAGGAACCAGACGGGCAUCGAUUUAUACAGGAAGUUGCUGAGGGAAUGCUGCAACCCGAGGCAGAUGUUUGCAGUGACCAAGGAGAACUCGCCGAUAGGAAAGGUCCUUUGGUACGAUGGGGAGUUUUACCACAAGCACACGGUCACCAACGAGACCUACUCGCUCUUUGUGCAGGACAACCCUCUGCAGCUGCCCCUGAAGAAGUGCGCGGUGGUGGGCAACGGCGGCAUCCUCAGGAACAGCAAGUGCGGACGGGACAUCGACCAAGCCGACUUCAUCAUGCGGUGUAACCUUCCGCCGCUCUCAAAGGAAUAUGUGGAGGACGUGGGGACCAGAACACAUCUGGUUACAGCCAACCCCAGCAUCAUAGAGAAAAGAUUUCAGAACCUCCUGUGGUCAAGAAAAAGCUUCGUGGACAGCAUGAAGGUCUACAGCCCCAGCUACGUCUACAUGCCGGCGUUUUCCAUGAAGCCUGGCACCAGCCCAUCGCUGCGGGCGAGUUACGCGCUGACCGACAGCUCCUCCAACCUCACCAUGCUCUUUGCCAACCCCGAAUUCCUGCUCUCCGUGGGCAAAUUUUGGAAAGCCCGCGACGUGCACGCCAAACGCCUCUCCACGGGGCUCUUCCUGGUCAGCUUGGCCCUGGGGCUGUGCGAGGACGUGACGGUCUACGGCUUCUGGCCGUUUUCCGUCGACCUGGACGAGCGACCGGUCAGCCACCAUUACUACGACAACAUCCUGCCCUAUAAGUGGUUCCACGCCAUGCCUGAGGAGUUUGUGCAGCUUUGGCAACUGCACAAAAGCGGCACGCUGCGCAUGAGGGUGGGGCGCUGCCCCCCUCAGGAAGGAGGGAGUUAGACCGCCUUGAGGAGUGAAGAGAUAGCGGUCGGCUGAUGCUUAGAGGAGGCAGAUGAAGACAUUUGGGUUGGCGGCAAGGUGUCACGGUGAAAUAAAUGAGUGCGCAUAUUUCCUCUGAGGAUCCUCUGUGUCUGUAAACACUCCUGCUGUAACCCCGGCUAAUCCCUAAUUAUCAUGAGAAUGUCCUCCACCCAGACCAGCAGCGUCAGGGCCACCAUACACAGAGACACACGCAGGCACACACAGUGUAAAAUAUUCAUACAUUCCCAAAACCUGCCAUAUAGCUCCCCUUGUGUGUGUGUGCAUGGAUGUGUGCUUUAAUGGAUGGCAUCAGCUGGGACUAAUAAUUGUGAAAGUGUGUGGGGAUGGAUGUAUGGGUGGGUGGGGGAUGGAUUUUGUAUGCUGACUACUGUAUCUGAGUGACAUAUGGGGCAGCUGGACCAAACCCCCUUCGGGGUCUUUGUUAAACAGAGACAGAAGGAGUGGAGGACCGGGGGGAAUAAUAAAACGCACUGAAAGACUGGUGAGAUGCAAGGAACGGGGGAGAGAUAAUGGCGUCCUGGUACCUAGUAGCUUGAAUAGACGUGAAAUUUAAUGCACGGAGAAAAAAGAAUGGCAGGGGGGGAGAAGGAGUGAAAGCUGGCUGGUAUGUGUAUGAAAGGAUUUUUUUUUUUUUUUUCUUUCCUGCUUUUCUUCAACCGAGCGCUUGAUUGGCAUUCUGUGGUGCCAAAUAGAGCUUUAGUUCAAAGCAGGAGCCAUUAGAAAUGGAGUCUUAAGUACUAUAUCCCCGAGAAUGUUUAGCCAAGUUGCAUUUUUAACCCUUUACUGAAAAAGGGAACACGAGUACACCCCCGAGUGUCCACGUAUUGUUUUUGUUUGCCAAAUGUGAUUUUUUUUUUGUUUGUUUUUUUUUGUCAGGAAUAAUGUGAAUUCUGUUUUAGGUUCAUCAUCAAGGGAGAAAACAUUAUCGUCAUGUAUAAUCAGAAAUGGACGUUUUGCUACGGGACAAAAAAAAACAACACAUAGGUACCUCACCGUUCAUUGAUGUUUCAUCUUCAUCAUCACUGAGUGACUCUUUAGUACAAUCCAUUCACAGGCAGGCUCUUUAGAUAAGAAACAGCCUAACCCACUUCUUUAGAGGGCCUGCUGGAAGUCAUCUCUUGGUAACUGUACUAUACUUGUCAAGUGCCAAGCCAAGGGAACAGUGGUCUCUUUCAUACGCAGCCCUGCGCUGCUCUUGUGAGACACUGAUAUAAACUGAGGUAGUGACAGAAAAAGACAGAGGACUCCGUGUCACAAAGUGGCAUUUUAAUCUUUUUUUUUUAUUGUUUGUUUUUUUUCAUUUUUAGAUGCAGAACACCUGAUAGGUUAAAUUGUGAUUUUAUUCAUGUAAUUAUUGUUAUCACUUUACAUCGGAGCGCAGGAAUAACUGAGCCUCUGCUGUGCUCCAUUUUUAUUUUUUAUUUGAAUUCUUUGCAUUUUUAUUUGCACAAGGGAAACAUAACUUGCUCAUGUAGAAGCCAAGGCAACAGGCAGAUGGUUGUUUUUGUUUUUAAUUAUAUAUAUAUAUAUAUAUAUACUUGCAGGCCUUGCAGAUGAAAAACAAUGUACUUGAUUUGAUUUCUUCAAAAUGUUAUUUAAGAGUGAUAGAUGUGACUGUGCCAUACUGUCGAUAGCAAAGGACGACUCUGCAUGGAAAGUGCAUGGAGUGUACCACAAUCCUUAAAAAUACUCCUCAAACUCAAGGUUCAGAACAUGUUUAUAGGUUAGUGCUUUAUGGUCUUAUCCAAUCUGUUAAAAUGAACAAGGUCCAGUGCCUUUGUGACGCAUUAAGGCAAAAAGAAUCAUUGAAACGAGGGAUAUUUCUAAUGCUGUGUUUGAUUUUCUUGGCUUGUCUUCGGAUCCCUUGGACAGCACGUGAUGUAUCAAUAAUCCCCGACGUGUAAAAUUCGAAUGAAUUACACGCAGCUGGGCCAAGUUCUAAAGUGGAAAAAGUCAAAUUACGUCCAGUCCAAACGCACAUGAGGCUCUUCAAGACUGGGAACUGAACUUUCUGAACACUUUGACCAAUUCAUUUUACUACUUCUACUUUCUCUUGUGAUGUUUCUUAUUUGCACCUUUAUUUUUUUUUAUUUUUUGGGGUUUUGUUUUGUCUCCUGCCCAGUAUUGUGAAUGAGUGAGAUGUGACAUAGUGUGAAUUUUAAGUAAGCAUGAUGUUUUUUAAAUGUGUAUGUGCUUUUGGUACACAGAUUUUUUAUAUAUUUUCGUUAUGUUCGGAUCCAUGCCCUCAUUCCAUGCUAUCUGAGUGACCGCUCAGCUGAGAUCUGUCGUGGAAAAGGGAACGGAAUCUGUGAUGUAAAUAUCGGUCCGCUAGCAAAAAAAGAAAAAAAAGACCAAUUAGAUUUAGAUCUCCUUUUAAAAGUUUUUCAAAAGCUCAGCUCAAGUUCUCGUAAAUUGCACUUGCGUUCUUCCUGCUUGCAUUCAUGUGGAACCCGCGAGUCAGUUCCUAAAACACAGUCAUUCGGUCUCAACAGGUUUCGUUAUGACGUAGCGCAGAAGAACACAUCAGAGCAACGCUGUCUCCAUCAGUAACAAGGGCAGCAUACGUUAGCAGUUAUUUUUCAUUAACAUUCCACUCACAGGUUUUAUAUCAAGUCAGGAAUGUUUGCUUUCUCGCUCUUGUGUCUGUGCAUUAAAUAUGAAGCUACAGCUAGCUGCUCAACUUAGCUACAUUUUGCUGUUUUUGCAUUUCCUACAUAUUAAACCAACAAGAUAUACCAAGUUAUUUACACCACAUUUAGCAACCUUGGAGAGCCUGGCUAGCUGUUUCCAGUCCUUAUGCUAAGCUAGGCUAACUCACUGCUGGCUGUAGCUUCACAUUUAGGAUACAAGAGGGACGUCAUGUAAACGCAUUUCCUAAAAUAUCAAACUAUUUCUUUGAAAGGUGCCGGCGUAAAGCGAGAAGGAAAAGCCAAACAGACCAAAAUAGAGCGUGGCAUACACACAAUGGCGGCCUUGUGGUGUCCUUCCUUUCCUGUCAAGGCCAACUUGACACAUUCAUCAGUCGACAGUAUGUGUGGCUGCAGGGAAACCGAUUGGUUAGAUUCUGGCCCCUGGAAAGGUCACGUGUUCGAACACCGCAGCAGCCUCGUGAUCAAACGUCCUUUAAGCGGACGCUCCUCCUGCUGCGUGAUUACAAAGUGAAACCUGCCACCGUGUGUGUGUGUCAAACUAUUAGUUCUGUAGCCUCAUGAUGAUCAAGUCUUACACUUUUCAGUCUUGGCAGCAGGAAAACAAGUUGCUCAUGCUGAUGUCAGACUGCAGAGUCCCAAAUGUUACAUGUAAUUACUUCAAGCCAAGUUUUUCUGUCUGUGUGUCUUCGCCUACCAUGUGCAAACUUUGCCUGAAAUGACAUGAUUAACUUAAUGUGUUCUGGGUUCAAUACGACGAGAAAUGAAUUUGUUUUAAUCUGAUGAAACUACUCGAUGUUUUGGUGGGAAAGUAUUAUCAAGUCAAUGCCACUACAUGUAGGAGUUUUAGCAUCUUUUUAAAUUCUUUUUGUCUGCUUUCAGCCCCUUAAGCUCUGCUGAAAAUGGACAAACUGUUCAAAGGAUGGUGGCAUAAAUUGGUAUUUUUGGAUGUGAAUUUACAAAUUCACAGCGCAUAGUGGCUUCAAAUCCCAAUCUUUAGGCAUUUUAGUAAAUCAUGUUAAAACAAAUAAUCACGUGUAAAUACAGUCUGACCCAAGUUGGAUGAAUAUGGGUCCAGAGGGCUCAACUUUCCUACAAGUUUGAAUAUUUAAUGUUAUGCCGAGCUUUUUUUGUUUUAAACGUGUAAAUGUACUUUAUUUGCCUUGAUUGACUGAAUUUGAUACAAAAAGAUGAAGGAAAAAAAAAACACCUUUUUGAAGGUAUUGCUCUUUGCGCUACUCCGACUUCCACAUCCUUCACUCAUUCAGAUCAUCCGAUGUGAACGACCCUGCCUGAGCAUGUUAAAAAUACAUCAGAACUGCUGUUUAAAGUAAACCAGUAGUGUGUGUGCCACCUGGAUAAAACUGUGAAGGAUAAAUACCAGAAAAAAAAUUAAAAUAAUGAAAACAACCAUAUCCAUAUACAAGGUGAACACCGGAAUCCAAUAAAAAAGGAAAAUAAAACGUC